AUGUCGCGUCCGCCUAUCUACCCUUUCAUUCUCCUUUUUUGCUUCCUCCACUUUCACUCUGGAAUCCAAUCCAAUGACCUUCAAAUUCUCAUGAAACUAAAAUCCGCGCUUCAAACAUCAAACACCAAUGUCUUCAGUUCUUGGGAAUCCGGAAAUUCCAUAUGCAACUUCACUGGAAUCUCCUGCACUUCUGACGAUUCCAUUACAGAAAUCGAACUUUCAUACCAAAAUUUAACCGGGGUUCUUCCUCUUGAUUCCAUAUGCCAGCUCCAAUCACUAGAAAAGCUCUCAUUCGGGUUCAACCACUUGCACGGUCCAAUUAUGGACGACUUGAAAAAUUGUGUCAAAUUGCAAUACUUGGAUUUGAGCCACAAUUUGUUCACAGGAUGGUCGGUUCCAGAAAUAUCCUCUCUAAGCCAAUUACGGUAUCUACAUCUGAAUUUAAGCGGAUUUUCCGGGACUUUCCCGUGGAAAUCACUCCAAAACAUGACCGGUCUUGUUUCGCUGAGCCUCGGAGACAAUCCUUUUAAUCCUUCUCCAUUUCCAAACGAGGUGUUGCUGCUUACUAACUUGACUUGGCUUUACCUAUCAAACUGCAGCAUCCAAGGUACAAUUCCAGCAGAGAUUGGAAACCUUAAAGAGCUAAUCAACUUGGAGCUUGCCGACAAUAACAUGACGGUGAAAAUCCCAGUUGAGAUUGGGAACCUAGUCAACCUGUGGCAGCUUGAGCUCUACAACAAUUCAUUCGCAGGAAAACUUCCUAUCGGUCUAAGAAACCUCACAAAGCUUGAAAUGUUUGAUUUUUCAAAUAACUAUCUUGAAGGCGAUCUAUCUGAGUUGAGGUUCUUGAAUAACCUGGUUUCUCUGCAACUGUAUCAAAACGAGCUAUCUGGCCAGGUACCGGCCGAGUUUGGCAAUUUCACGAAGCUUGUGAACCUUUCUCUGUAUAGAAACAGCUUCACUGGUCCGCUGCCUCAUAACCUUCUCUCCUGGGCUAAAACUAAUUUUAUCGAAGUAGUCUUAGUAAUCUUUUCAAGUCUCUGUAAUCUUUUCUUUUUUUCUUAG